GUCGCGCAAUAAUUUUUCGUCUGCGGCUACUCGGAAGCUCCUGGUCCAGCGCAUCAGCACCAGCAAUACCAACCCAAUCGUGCAACCCUCUACAUCAUCGACCAAGCCGGUCAGCCCAUUAAUCCCCUUCCUUUCAAUCUCGCGACUUUCCCUUCCUGUAAACCCCUUGAUAUCCUCUUCUCUUUGACCAAUUGCUUCGGCCAAUUGCCAAAAUGUCGAAUCCCCUGCCGUCCGUGCCUCCCAUGGCCAGUCCCCCGACUGUCAUUCCCGUUGAUUCGUCUUCUGGCCUUUGGGAUCGCAUCACGACCUGGGCCUCGGACAACAAGGCCGUUGUCUACACUGCUGCUGGUGUUGCUGUCGUCGCCACUGGUGCCGGCGUUAUCUACUUCCUCAACAGCGACUCCAAGAAGGAUUCCACACCAAAGCUGAGCAAGAAGGAGAGAAGGAAAAGAAAGGAGGCCGAACGAAAGGCCGCGGCAGACGCAGAAAAGCAGCCCACACCUGCAGAGGCUGCUGCCCCAACGCAACCCAAGGCUGCUGCCGUCGAGACCGCCGAUGAACUUCCCGAGAUCGAUGAAACCACUGUCGCAAGCUUCACGGCCGACCAGCGAGAGCAGUACGCCGCCAAGUUGAAGGAUGUCGGCAACCAGGCAUAUGGCAGCAAGGAUUACAACAAGGCUAUUGACCUCUACUCCAAGGCCAUUCUCUGCAAGGCAAACCCCAUCUUCUACUCUAACCGUGCCGCCUGCUACAAUGCUCUGGGCAACUGGGACAAGGUCGUCGAAGACACGACCGCCGCCAUCAACCUCGACCCUGAAUACGUCAAGGCCCUGAACCGCCGCGCCAACGCCUAUGAACACCUGAAGAUGUACGGCGAGGCUCUCCUCGACUUCACCGCCUCUUGCAUCAUCGACAGCUUCAAGAAUGAGAGCAGUGCGCAGUCUGUCGAGCGUCUGCUUAAGAAGUUCGCGGAACAGAAGGCCCAGGAGAUGAUGGCCAGCCGCCCCAACAAGCUGCCCAGCCAUACCUUCGUUGGCAACUACCUCCAGAGCUUCCGCGUCAAGCCUCUUCCGGCCGGCCUGGAGGACUCUGUUGUCCUGUCCGAAGAGACCGGCAAGGGUCAACUGCAGCUUGGUCUGAGAGCUCUGGAGAAAAAGACUGGCGAUGGCUACGAGGAGGCAAGAGCCGCCUUCGAGAAGGCCCUGGAGCUUGGCGACCUUGGCGAGUUCGAAGCCCUGGCUUACAACCUCCGCGGUACCUUCAGCUGCCUGCUCGGAAAGCACGACGACGCGAUGACGGACCUGACCAAGAGCAUUGAGCUGGACCCCUCCAUGACCCAAAGCUACAUCAAGCGCGCCAGCAUGAACCUCGAGCUUGGCGCUCCCGAGAAGGCCUCCAUGGACUUUGAGAAAGCCAUGGAACAGAACAGCGAGGACCCUGACAUUUACUACCACCGCGCUCAACUCCAUUUCAUCAAGGGCGAGUUCUCCGACGCCGCCAAGGACUAUCAGAAGUCGAUCGACCUGGACCGCGACUUUAUCUUCUCCCACAUUCAGCUCGGCGUUACCCAGUACAAGAUGGGCUCUAUCGCAUCGUCGAUGUCGACCUUCCGUCGUUGCAUCAAGAACUUCAAGGAAGUUCCGGAUGUCUACAACUACUACGGAGAGUUGCUUCUCGACCAGGGCAACUUCCAGGAGGCCAUUGAGAAGUUCGACAGCGCCAUUGACAUGGAGUCCAAGACGAAGCCCAUGGCCAUGAACGUUCUUCCUCUUAUCAACAAGGCUCUUACCCUCUUCCAAUGGAAGCAGGACUUCGGCGAGGCCGAAAAGUUGUGCCAGAAGGCGCUCAUCAUCGAUCCUGAAUGCGACAUUGCCGUUGCCACCAUGGCCCAGCUUCUUCUGCAGCAGGGCAAGGUCACCGAUGCGCUCAAGUACUUCGAGCGCGCCGCAGAGCUUGCCCGCACCGAGGGCGAGAUCGUCAAUGCUCUUUCGUACGCCGAGGCGACGCGCACGCAGCUUCAGGUACAGGAGAAGUACCCGAAGCUGGCGGCCAAGCUUCAGGGCAUUGGCCCGGGUGGCAUGCCCCGGUAAAGGGCCACUGGCCUUUUGAACAAGAAGCAUGUAAAACUCACCCACUGGCGUCGUGUAAGAAGAGAGAAACACACAACUCCCAAGCACAUGAGGGAGCGGAUAGCCCGGACAAUUGGGUUCCUGGUCGGUAAUAGGGGAAAAUUAUCAGAGCGGGCAAGUCACCCGUUUCGCUGUGUCGUGUCUUUUUGUUUGUUAGCCGGUGGUGGGGGCUUUGGGAAAGGGGAGUGAAGUCCAGGGCUGCGAACGGCUGGGAGGCAUGGGUCGAACCCUUUACGUUGUACAUAAUCCGACUUCCCUCACUUUGCGUAUAUUGGUGAGAGCAUUGUAGAAUU